UGCUGGGAGGUGCUGGUUGCUAAGAAACCGGAAACUCACGAGAUCACUGUGUUUCCACUUUUGACAAGACAACCAGCGAUAAGAAGUGUAGCUAAUGUUUUUGAUUCUGUAGUUUCUCUACUAAUGUCUAUGUUAAAGUGCCAUUGAUAGCUAUUAUCCACUCAGACCCUGAGAGGCAGUCUGAGGCCACCAUGUCUUCGUUCUCCCAGAAGGGGUCCCCUCGCUGCCAGGCUGGCCCAGGGAGAGAGGAGGUGACUGGGGCCCGACAGCAGAUGACCCUCCCAUUCGCCAUGUCCCUGGGCCAUGUAGACCCAGAGGCAUUGAGAGCCAGGUUGAUCUCAGUAGCCCCGAGCCAGGCACAACGCAACCCGGACGCCCUGGUCUUCACACACACCACCAAGGCCCAGGAACGCAGGAGGGCAGGGCAGAGACCCGUACCGCUGGAGAUACUGCCAGUCCUGAAGAAGUACCAGGACCACAAGCAGCCAGAGUUCAUCCACAGGCAGAACCGG